AUGCGGUCACGUGGACAGGCGCCGAUACAAUCCUCGAAAAGGAAAUACACGGAAAUACACGCUUUCUCAUGGAUCAGUGCCACUGUCUCUGCGUCUGAGCCUGCUUUCAAGCCGCGAAAGCUGAAAAAGCAAUCCGAGAAAUACCGCAAUCGAGCGGAAGAGCGCAGAGCAGGUGCUGACCACGACUAUUCUCAGAUCGAAGCUGUGCUCGAAGAUUUUGAACGGCAAAAUGCAGAUAAGGAAGACCGCGCUGCGGUUGAAGCGCAAAGGUCGUAUUUGGGGGGUGACUCAGAUCACUCCAUCCUUGUCAAAGGUCUCGACUUCGCACUUCUCGAACAAAACAAAGCGCGCCUUGCGUCCGCCUCGUCCAAACUAGAUGAUCAGCUACUCGAAGAGGCUUUCAAGGAAACCGCAGUUGCAUCUACUUCUAGUGAAUCCUUGAAUCCGACAUCGAAGAAGCGCUCGCGCACGGACAUCUUGCGGGAGCUGAAGGAAAAACGCGGUAGCAUGGAGGGCGUCGCGCCAGCGAAGGCGCAGGAGGAGAGUAUAGCGAGUGCUAAUGUGAGCGCCAAGUUCAGACCGAUAGGGUUCAAGCCCAUUGGCCCGCCGGCGGAGGAGAAGGCGAAGAAGAAGAAGAAAGUCAAGGCACAGGAUGGGGAUGGAGCCGAGAGGAAGAAGAAGAGGCGCAAGGUCGAGAAAGGGGAGAGUCAGAAGGGAGAGAUGGGUCCACCAGCCGUUCCUAUAAAGGACUCUCCAUCUGCCGCCAAUGCACCCUCAAGUACAACAACGGCUCCGACCGUGCAAAAACCUGACAUGGAACCGGAGUCAAUAGACGAAGAUCUUGAUAUAUUUGCGGGGGCCGGCGAGUACGAGGGUAUCGAUCUCGGGGACGAUGAUGACGACGACGGUGACGACAACAACAACAACGGAGGUGAGGGUCGGCAUAGAGAGGCUUCUCCAGCGGACGAAGGACUAUCCACUGCAACAUCGGGUCGAAAGUGGUUCGACGAUGCGCCCCAGUCUGAGCAGCCGAAAUCGUCCACGGAGACAGCAACACAAGCCACGGUCAAUUCCCCUCCACCACCACCAGACCUCGAAGAAGGCGAGGAAGAAACGCCGAUGCGUCUUGUGCCUUUGGCAUCUUCUGCGGUACCUUCUAUUAGCGAUCUACUGGCGAUGGACGAAGCAGCUGAGAAGGAAACGAAGCGGAAGGCUAGGAAGGAGAAGAAGAAGGGCAAAGGAGGAGGGGACAAGCUGGACAGGGACUACCAAAGAUUGAAAAGUUACGAGGCGAAAAAGGCAGCCAGUUAGGAUGGGUAUUUGACAUCAUAAUGGGUAUUUGUAUCUUUGUAUUGGAGAUUGACUCUUAGAUCUCGAUAGAUCUCCCUUGAUGUCGAUCUUUGAAUCGCGAUUCUGAACAAGUGGUCACCGAUUUUCGAGAUU